GAAGUUUCAAGACAUUUGUAAAGAGUUUUUUUAUCCAAAAAUUUUACAAUGCUCGGAUAUAACAAUGGAGAGUUGGAUGUGCACCCAAGAAUCCAACGGUAAAUAAUCCAACGGCGAAGAUUCCAACUAGAAAUUGAAACUCCUUUUUUCCCAUCUGUUUGGUUUCUUCAUUUUUAACUCUUAUAUAAAUGAAACAUACUUAUUAUUUACCUCGACUUUGUCAUAAUUAUUUGUCAUCAUUCUUUUGGUUUAUAAUCAAGGGACUAUAUGAUCCUUCUCUGUCAUCACCUUGCUUGGAAUGUGAACCUGCAGACAAGAAUUAGAGCCGGCUAAGACAACUUCAACUCGGACUGGAAUAUUAGAGCGUACAAAUUAGUCCCGAGGAGGGAGAUGUUGGCAUGAUUGCCAUGGUACCUGGGAUUCUUAUCCAACUGGUCUCCUUGGCGGAAUUGUUUGUAUUUUCAGCUGCAGUAGCAGCAGCACAAGCUUUGCCUGGCUGCCCAAAUAAAUGCGGGAAUUUGUCAAUCCCGUACCCUUUUGGGAUAUCCGAUGGCUGCCACCUCAGAGAUGAAUUCCUCAUCGUUUGCAACGAAACCUCACAACCCCCCACGGCAUUUUUGACAGGAACUGUAAUCCCAGUCUCCAACAUAUCCCUUGACGGUGAGCUACAAAUAAUGCAGUUUGUAGCAAGAGAUUGUUAUGUCAAGGAGGGUUUAUCAGAUACCAAAAAAAGCAACACCCCAAGGCUAAGGCUCUUCCCUCCUUAUACGAUUUCGGGCACGAAAAACAAGUUCAUUGCUGUUGGUUGUGACACUUACGCGAUCUUUGAAGGAGUGCGUGGGAGCGAAAAGUACGUAACCGGUUGCAUGACCUUCUGCGAGAGCUUAGGGAGCAUUCGUGAGUCUUGCUCCGGCAUUGGGUGCUGCCAGACUUCAAUCCCAAGUGGGCUUCAAGUUCGUACCGUGAUGAUGAGUAGCUACUUCAAUCAUACGCUUAUAUGGGACUUUAAUCCAUGUAGCUAUUCCUUCAUUGUGGAAGAAGGCCAGUUCACAUUUUCUAAUAGAAGUUUCCAAGAGCUCGAAAACACAAGCUGGCUUCCGAUGGUUCUCAAUUGGGCAAUUGGGGAUGAAGAAUGUGAUGCAGCUCAAAAGAAGGAGGACUAUGCAUGCAAGGGAAAUAGCACUUGUGUCAGCCCCGUCAAUCUGUCCGGCUACUUUUGUCGGUGCUCGCCAGGUUACGAAGGAAAUCCGUACCUCCCAGAGUGUUGUCAUGAUAUCGACGAGUGUGAGAUUUCAAACCGUUGCAGCGCAGGAGCGUGUAUAAAUUUACCUGGAAAUUAUUCUUGUGUCUGUCCAAAAGGGUUCAAAGGCGACGGAAUGAAAACUGGAACUGGUUGCAGCAAAGACAAUGGAAGCAAUCUUUCCAAGAGCAUUCGCUUGCUUAUUAUCUCAUUGGCUGUGACAGUAGCCUCCUUGAUUUUCCUGGUGGGAGGUUCAUGGGCCUACUGGGGAAUGAAGAAAAACAACUACAUCAAACUCAGAGAAAAGUAUUUCAAAGAGAAUGGUGGCAUGUUGUUACAACAACGACUUGCAAGUCGCCAAGGAGGAUUUGUGGAGACAACAAAAAUCUUUACAGCAGAAGAACUUGAUAAGGCCACAGACAACUAUGAUGACAGUAGAGUCCUUGGUGAAGGAGGCUACGGUACAGUUUACAAGGGAAUACUACCAGAUAAUGAAGUGGUUGCCAUAAAGAAGUCGAAAAUCGGAGCUUCAAUCCAAAGUGAGCAGUUUAUAAACGAAGUUAUUGUUCUUUCUCAAGUCAACCACAGAAAUGUGGUGAAGCUACUGGGUUGCUGUUUGGAGACACCGGUGCCUUUACUAGUUUACGAGUUCAUUGCCAGAGGAACUCUUUAUUAUCAUCUUCAACGUAAAGAGCAAAGAACCGUCGCUUUCAUGGAGUUACGGUUGAAGAUCGCAGCCGAAACUGCCGGAGCACUAGCGUACUUGCACUCCUCCACUUCCAUGCCAAUCAUACACCGAGAUGUGAAAACAACGAAUAUAUUAUUAGACGAAAAUUACACAGCAAAAGUGUCGGACUUCGGAGCUUCGCGAUUGAUUCCUCUAGAUAAAGCUCAAAUCACAACUCUAGUGCAAGGGACUCUAGGGUACUUGGACCCUGAAUACUUCCAUUCGAACCAGCUAACAGAAAUGAGUGACGUCUACAGUUUCGGAGUUGUUCUUGUGGAGCUACUAACAAGAAAAGUGGCACUGUCAUUUACUAGGCCUGAAGAAGAGAGAAACCUGGCAAACUUCUUCGUUUGUUCCGUGGAACGGGGUCACUUGACUCAAAUUCUCGAUGACGACAUAGUCACCGAGAGAAAUCUUGAGACACUGAAAAGAGUGGCUAAUCUUGCAAGUAGAUGCUUGAGGGUGAAAAGGGAGGAAAGGCCUACCAUGAAAAAGGUAGCAAUGGAGCUAGAGGGGAUGCAGACUGCGACGAAGCAUCCACGGAGAAGUGCUGAUUUCAGUCCAGAGGACACUGAAUACUUGCUCGGGCCGCCUUCAUUGGCUUAUGCUAGAGGUGAUAGUUGUUCUAGUACUAGCAUAACCAUUGGUGCAACUAGUGUGUACAAAAGCAUGCAAAUCGAAAUGUUAAUGAGACAGGGUGAUGGCCGAUAAUCCAUCGUUUCUCAAUAGUGUACAUCUUUGAAUAUAAUUAACAGAGAGCUACUCAGGCACACAAGAAAUGAAAUACAUUUCAAGCACAUGUUCAACACAACAUCUUCGAAUAUAAUUAACAGAUUGACAUUUCUUCGGUGGAAUUCACAAACGAGUUCUAACACGAAAAUGGUGUCUACAACAUAUGGAAUUUCAAAGCUACAAAUCUCAGGAAAAGCAAGUAAUUUUGACAACUCAAUCUAAUUUGUUUAUUCUCGGAAGUCACAAGAAUCACCUAGACCAAAAUGCUCAACCUGUUCAUUACAGUGAAAAUCAUGAUCACGAACCUUGCAAUAAAAUUUGAAAUAGAAA